AUGACUUGGUCGGUUUUCAGAUCCAUAAACUCUCCGACACUCGACCUCUCCUCCGCACUUCGCUCUCCACGUAGCCCAUUGGUCGCCGCCGGUGUCGGCUGCGCAACAUUCGCUGGUGUUUCACUCUUCCGAAUGUCUUCUUCUAGAUCUCCUCCUUUCGCUUCUCUCAGUGUCUCCGCUGCUUCUGGUAAGAAGGAAGUUGUGGCUACAGAGAAAGCACCAGCUGCAUUGGGACCAUACUCUCAGGCCAUCAAAGCCAAUAAUCUUGUUUUCCUUUCAGGUGUUCUUGGACUUAUCCCUGAGACUGGAAAGUUUGUUUCGGACGGCGUUGAAGAUCAGACUGAGCAGGUACUCAAGAACAUGGGAGAGAUAUUGAAAGCUAGUGGUGCUGAUUACUCCUCCGUGGUGAAGACAACAAUCAUGCUUGCUGACUUGGGUGACUUCAAGAAAGUGAACGAGAUAUACGCCAAAUAUUUCCCAGCUCCUUCUCCAGCACGAUCGACAUAUCAAGUCGCAGCUUUGCCUCUAAAUGCCAAGAUCGAGAUCGAAUGUAUUGCAACACUCUAG